CCCUCGAACUUCAAAGCUUUAUUUUUGUGUCUCAUAUUUUUGUAGCUGAUUUGAUUGAUUUCCUUAUCUAGAGUAAUAUAGUCUAGUCUUUAUCAUUUAUGUUUCCGUCUGUAUAUUUUCUUCAUAUAAACGCUAAUCACUACUACCAGAAUCACUGUUUUGAAAUUCCACCGAAAGAAUGCCAGACGAAAAAUAAUGUGCAUACAUUUUCAGCGAUUUCAGCUGCAAAUGAGCUUUGGCCAAUUCAUGCAUAUUUGAGCUAUCCUUUCUGAUGUUCGUAUUCCUUGGAAUCUAUCAGUGAUACCAAAGGGCAAAUGUAUUAGCAAUGUCUUCGUCAGUAGUGAACGAAUGCGGCGUUUGCCGCAAAUCGCUGAGGAAUCGCUCCAGUCGUCACUAUCAUGGAAAUUGUGCGAAUCCGGAACUCAAGCCGUUCAAAUGUUACCACUGCGAUCGUACCUUCAGUUCGAAGUCACACAAAAUGUUUCACGAGGAAAUACACAGGAGCCAACGAUUGCCAUGCAAACAGUGCGAUAAAAGCUACCAACAUCAGCGUGAUCUUGAUAUACAUAUGCGAGAGCAUGAAACAAACACCGUGCAUAAAUGCAACAAAUGCUUGGAGCACUUCGAAUCACAAGUUGCUCUGUUGAGGCACAAGAGGAAACAUGCCGAAAUAAAACGCUUUGAGUGUGACCAAUGCGAGAUGACAUUCAGUCUCAAAGGUAAUUUAACGAAGCACGCAAAUAUUAUUCACGCGAAGAAGAAGCUUUUCAAAUGUGACCAAUGUGAUAAGACAUUCUAUAGAAACAAUGCACUGAAAUUCCAUAAGUUGAACCAUACACAGAGAUCUUUCCAGUGCAACUCAUGCGCCAAAGUAUUCGUCGAUUCGAGAAAUUUAGAAAGACAUCUCAAAACGCAUAUUGCUCUGAAAGAAUUCAAAUGCGAUUUGUGUGGAAUUUCGAGCUCCAGGAAAGACAAUAUUCUAAGACACGCAAAAAGUUUCCACUCGGAGUAUGACCCCAACAAAAUAGUUCAUCGAAGUGAGCUUGGGGUACAAUUAACUUCGAUCAAAAAAGAUGCCCAACAAAGUCAAUCACUGCCAGAAAACAACAGCGUCUCUAAACCAAUGGAAGUUAUUUCAAACAGAAUUAGCGUAAUCCAAGUAGUAGGUACACCAAAAUCAUUGAACAAAUCUAGCUCGGUAAUAUCGCAGAACGUGAUUACGAAAAGUGAGCCACCUCCUAAGUCUGUUCCCAAGGUUGAUCCACUUGAAAUCUAUCGGAAAAUACUAAGACCAAGCAAUGAAGAUGACGAAGAAUACAUUCAAAGUAGCUCUACAUCGGCCAGGUCAGAUGAAUUUUUGAUACCAACUACCACGCAGACGCCAUCAGCAGCUGUCGCUGCCGACGUCAACAGUAGUCUCAACAAUAUUUCUUCUAUAAAUAAUUUCUCUGAAGUUCAUUGGCGCAAACGAAAAUCACAGAUCUUUACCAACUCAACAAGGUGA